AUGUUCUGCCUCCGCAGCUGGAUCCCGAUCUUGUUCUUCCUCACCAACGCCUCCCCCAUCUACCUCAUCCUCUUCAUCUCCGCGACAUACUUCCUCAACCGCUCCUGCGUCUACUGCACGCUCCUGCUUGCUAUCCUCGUCAUCGCACUAUUCGACUUUCGGCAAGGGUUGUUUGACCCACGGCAAGGCACCGCAAUCCCCAAUGGGCCAUCGUCCACCAACACGACAGGUGCUGGGGAUGCCACUGUGGGAGAUGUCGGCGGUGGGGGAGCUGGGCUAGGGAACAACAGAACGGCAGUCACAGCGGAGUUGGUCGCGAGCGCGGUCAAUAGCACGGUAGCCGCGAUGGCCAGCUCGGCGGUCGAGGGUAUCAAACGGAGGAUACACCCGUCGGAAGAGCAGUGGAGUGGGGAUGUUGCGACUGAUGUGGUGAAGGGGUUCUUUGCAAGGAGAACGUGGAGGAUUCCCAUCAAACCCACCAACUAUGCCAUCUCCCUAUAUGACCUUGAGCUUGGUGGUGCUUUCAGCUAUCAAGGCACCGUUAAGAUUGCUCUCGACAUCAAGAAGAGCGUGAAGCACAUCACCUGCAAUGCAAACCAGCUCAAAAUCCACAGUGUGGACGUGCAGACAGAGCACAACAAGACCGAGCAGUCCUUCAAGGCAUCUGAUAUCUCCUACGACGAGAAGGCCCAGAAAGCUACCUUUCAAUUCGACAAUGACUUACCCGUCGCUUCACAUGCUUCGCUGGUUGUCAAGUUCCAAGGCACGAUGAACAACCUGAUGGCAGGCUUCUACCGCUCCCGCUAUAAGCCCGCAGCAACUCCAGCAAAGUCGGUGCCACAUGAUGAUGAGUACCACUACAUGUUUAGCACUCAAUUCGAGUCCUGCGAUGCUCGUCGAGCCUUUCCCUGCUUCGACGAGCCGAACCUCAAAGCAACCUUUGACUUUGAGAUUGAGAUUCCAGAGGAUCAGACCGCAUUGAGCAACAUGCCUGAGAAGGAAGUCAGAAAAGGCAGCAAGGAAGGCCUGAAGAUCGUGUCCUUUGAUCAGACUCCUGUCAUGUCAACGUACCUCCUCGCCUGGGCCUUUGGAGACUUCGAGUACGUUGAAGACUUCACGAAGAGGAAGUACGGCGGCAAGAACUUGCCUGUCAGAGUCUAUACGACGAAGGGUCUCAAGGAGCAAGGUCGCUUCGCCCUGGAGCACGCCCACAAGAUCACGGAUUAUUUCUCCGACAUCUUCCGCAUCGAGUAUCCUCUUCCGAAGGUUGACCUCCUUGCCGUGCAUGAGUUCUCUCACGGAGCGAUGGAGAACUGGGGUCUUAUCACGUACAGGACAACGGCCGUGCUCUUCGACCCUGAGCAUUCGGACCAGAAGUACAAGAACAGAGUGGCCUACGUUGUUGCCCACGAGCUAGCUCACCAGUGGUUCGGCAAUCUGGUGACCAUGGAUUGGUGGAGUGAGCUAUGGCUCAACGAGGGGUUCGCUACUUGGGUCGGUUGGCUCGCAACUGAUCAUCUCCAUCCAGACUGGAACAUCUGGGGCCAGUUUGUCACUGAGUCUCUCCAAACAGCUUUCCAGCUUGACUCGCUUCGCAACUCUCACCCCAUUGAAGUACCGGUCAAAGAUGCUUUGGAGGUUGACCAGAUUUUCGACCACAUAAGCUACCUCAAGGGGAGCUCUGUCAUUCGUAUGCUAAGCUCUCACCUGGGCGUGGAUACAUUCCUGCUCGGCGUGUCCAACUAUCUGCAGAAGCACAAAUACGGAAACGCCACGACGAACGAUCUAUGGUCAGCGUUGAGUGACGCUUCCGGUCAGGAUGUCAACAAGUUCAUGGACCCUUGGAUCCGUAAGAUCGGGUUUCCUGUGGUAACCGUCGCCGAGGAGCCUGGCCAGAUUAGCGUACGUCAGAGCCGCUUCCUACUCUCCGGAGACGUCAAGCCAGAAGAGGACCAGACGACCUGGUGGAUCCCUCUUGGGCUGAAAACAGGCCCGCAGGCUGCCAUCAAGGCCACCGGUGCGCUUACGACUAAGGAAGAGACGAUUCGCGACGUGGAUGAGAGCUUUUACAAGCUCAAUGCGGACCAGAACGGCUUCUAUAGGACGAACUAUCCGCCGGAACGACUGGUGCAGCUCGGUGCUGCGAAAGACCGACUGAGCGUUGAAGACAGGAUCGGUCUUGUUGGAGAUGCUGCUGCGCUCGCAACGUCAGGAGAUGGCAACACUGCUGCUCUUUUAGCAUUGACAGAGGGCUUCCAUGAUGAGCAGAACUAUUUGGUGUGGCAGCAGAUCCUGAAUGCCCUGGCCAACAUCCGCUCGAUCUUCUCAGACGACGAGGAGGUCUCGAAGGGGCUGAAAGCCUUCGCCCUGAAGCUCGUCACCCCGGCUACGGACAAGAUCGGAUGGGACUUUGCGUCAAACGAAGAUUUCCUGACCGGCCAGCUUCGCUCGCUUCUUAUAGCGACCGCAGGGCUUGCCGGACACGAAGGCGUGAUCGCAGAAGCCAAGAAGCGUUUCUCGGCCUACACCUCCGGCACCGACAAAUCCGCCAUCCACCCCUCGCUCCGCAGCGCCAUUUUCCGCAUCGCCAUCACCGAAGGUGGACAGGAAGCCUACGACGCCGUGAAGCAGGAAUACCUGACCACGACCUCCAUCGACGGCAAAGAAAUCUGCCUCGUCUCGCUCGGCCGCGUCCAGACGCCCGAACUCGCGAACGCGUUCCUCGACUUCCUCUUCUCGGACAAGGUGGCUGUGCAGGACGUGCACUCUGGCGCCGCGUCGCUGGCUGCGAACACCAAGACGCGGUAUCUGCUGUGGGAGUUUGUGAAGAAGAAUUGGGAUAGCAAGGUCUACCCGCGGCUUAGUGGAAAUAUGGUUGUGCUGGAGCGGUUUUUGCGGAUGUCGUUGACGAAGUUUGCGAGCUUUGAGAUUGAGAAGGAUAUCCGGGAGUUCUUUGAGGGCAAGGAUAACAGGGGCUAUGAUCGCGGGUUGGGCGUUAUUAGCGAUACGGUCAGGAGUAGCGCGACGUAUAGGGAGAGGGAUUUGGGGACUGCGAAGGAGUGGUUGGGGGCGCAUGGGUAUUUGUGA